AUGGCUCUUCACGCAGUUCUCGCACCUCUUCUUGCAUACCCCUACUUGACUUUCUUCCUCCUCCCUUUGAUCCUCUUCACCAUCCGCCUCCUCUACCGGAUAAGUCCAUUGCAUACAUUAGCACAUGUUCCCGGCCCAGUUUCUGUUCGCAUCUCCUCCUUAUGGCUGACAUACCAUGCUUGGAUUGGUGAUGAAGCCUCCACGGUCCAUGCUCUACACGAAAAGUAUGGCCCUAAUGUUCGUACAGGGCCAAAUAGUGUUGAUGUUUCCGAUGGAGCUGCCUUGGCUGCAAUCUACUCGGAGAAGGGCGGUUUUGGUAAAGCAGCAUUCUAUGCAAAUUUCGACAUUGAUGGCCAUAAAUCGAUCUUUUCUGAAACAGACCCCAUGCAACGUGCCCCACGAGCCAAAGCGGUUGCCGUGCUGUUCUCUACCUCCAGCCUGCGCCAAGGGCAAGACAUCAUUUACCAGGUUGUCGACAGAUUUGUCGAAAGACUUGCGUCAGGCGGGCAUGGAAAUCAAAAGGGUAGACCGUUGAACAUUCUGAACUUGACCAGGGGUUUGGCAGUCGACGCCGUGUCCUCAUACCUUCUGGGUAAAAGUUAUGGGGCUCUCGAUGAGAAGGCAGCCAUCGAGGAGAAGAGGGCCGUUAAAAAAGAGCUCACCAAUGACCACGACCACGACCACGAAAUGAGUGCCAGUGGAAUGGUCAACUGCUUUGUUGCGGUUGGCCGAUUCUGGUACUUGCCCACCACGAUAUUCAAAAUUCUCGAGUCAUUUGAUGCCUGGUGGAACGCCGAGGAUGAAGUAUCUCAAAGCUUGAGCCUUGUGGACGAUUUCGUUGCCAACGUCGUCAAAGAGGCAGAGACUGCAAUUCGAGUAUCGAAUGAUAACGAAAAGGGGUCAAACCUAGAUGAUCCAGGCCACCCCACGACCUCUUACCCAGCACGAAUGCUACAAUCUGGCCUGACAGCAUCGGAAGUCCGCGCACAAUGUAAGGAUCUGAUUUUCGCGGGAACAGAUAGCACGGGCAUGAACCUGGGAACCAUCUUGUUUCACCUCGCCCGCAACCCUGAAUGCUACGCCAAGUUACGGCAAGAAAUCCUCACAACAAACCCAUCAUUCGACGACCUGCAAUCCCUCCCCUAUCUGCGAGGGGUGGUAAAGGAAGGUCUCCGCUUAUCCCUGGCAAACCCUUCACGUUUGCCCCGGAUCGUGCCUUCUCAGGGUUGGACAUUCAAAGGCACGCACUUUCCACCAGGCACUGAGAUUAGCUGCACACCUUACUCGCUUCAUCUCAAUCCUGCCGUAUUUUCAGAUCCGUUGGCCUUCAGGCCCGAGCGGUGGUCGAAUCCUUCCGAGGAAAUGAACCGGGAUGCCAUUCCUUUUGGCCUUGGUCCAAGGCAGUGCAUCGCUCGCAAUCUGGCGACCGUUGAGCUGUUCUGUGCUGUUGAGAGGGUCGUCAAAGCCGAUGUCCUAAAAGGGGCAAAAACCUUGGCUGACAAAAUUGAGAUCCUGGAGUGGUUUAACUCUAAGGUGGUUGGUGAAAGGAUCGACUUGGUUUGGUGA